AUGAAGAUAAUAGCAGGUUGUUUUGCCAUUUAUACAUGUCUAACAUGGCUAUCCAAGUACUCCUUGGGCCAGUUCCUGGACAAUAAUUGCGGCUACACGGUUCCACUCCCGCCGCAGUCUAGAGUUUAUGGAGGACGAAAUGCUAUCAUUGGUUCUAGUCCCUGGAUGGCAUAUUUGAUUUAUAACUCGGCUUUUCAUUGCGGAGGCACACUCAUCACCAGAAAAUAUAUCUUGACCGCGGCUCACUGCAUUGCAAAUAAUCUAAAGGUUCGCCUGGGGGAAUACGAUACCAAAACUGAGAUAGAUUGCACGCGGGAUGGUUGUAUUCCAAAGUACAAGGAGUACGAUGUAUCCAGGGCCAUUAUACACGCCAACUACAGCUACCAACUGGGAAGCAGCCACGACAUAGGAUUGCUCAAGCUGGCCGGGACAGUUAGCUAUGAAAUACACAUUCGGCCAGUCUGCAUCUUGCUGAAUCCCGCCCGAGCUGCCUACAAUCCCACCUUUGUGGCCACCGGUUGGGGCAAAACCGAUAUCAAUACAAUUGCCACAGUUCUGCAAGUGGCCACCCUAAGGAAGCUCAACUCAAGCGAGUGCAAUAGCGUCCUGCGCACCUCCUUGACAUGGGGACAGUUCUGUGCCGGUCACAACCAUGCCGACACCUGCGAAGGUGACUCUGGGGGACCCCUAGUGCAAAUGCUGUUCAAUGGUUACAUCAGGCGUACGGUUCAGUUUGGUAUUGUGAGCUACGGCCACUACUUGUGCCGUGGCCCAGGUGUCUAUACAGAUGUCAUGGCCUUUACGGAGUGGAUACGUAAGGGUAUACUUCUUAACGGGAAUUGAAAUGGGACACAAAAAUCAAAGAAAAUAACAA